AUGCACAAGAACCUGGGGAACAUCGGGGGGCGGAGGGGGGGAGGAGCUGUGCAAGCACACUGCAACCUGGGGGACAUCGGGGGGGCUUCACCUUUCAGCUGUGGGGUGUGCGUGGCUUCGGCAUCCCGCAGCGGUGCCUCUUUCCAUUCUCCAGGGCUCUGCGUCAUCGUCCACUACCUUGUCCGCGGGCAGCUGGGCUGGUUGGGGCUGACCAUCGCCUGCACGGUGCCUGGCUACGGGGCUCAGCUCCUCAGCAUCCUCUGGUUCAGGGCAGAUGGCCGCCCGCCUGGCUGCUGGCUCCUGAGCCUCCACCUCCUGCAGUUGGGCCUCUGGAAGCGGUACUGGGAUGUCUUGCGGAUGGCAGCAAAGACGGGCGGCAACGCCUGUGCCGGGGAGGUGCUGACACAGCACUGGGACGUGUGUGUGCUGCGGCUCCUGGAAGCCCUGCUGCAGACCCUGCCUCACCUCCUGCUGCAGGCCUAUGUCGUCGUGGCAGUCGAGCCAGCCGGUGUCAUCCCAGGUGUCAGUGCGGGGCUGUCCCUGCUCUCCCUCGCCUGGGCUUUGGUCUCCUACAGCCGCUUCGCCUGCCAGCUGAAACCCGGACGCCUCUGCCUGCCGGCCACGGCCAUCCUCUGCCUGCUGCUGUGGAGGACAGGGAUGCUGGGGACCAGGGUCCUGGCCCUGGUGCUCUUCGCCAGGCUGUAUUCCUUCUGGGUUUUUGCUGUGGCAGGUGCCCACUGGCUGCUCAUGUCCUUCUGGCUGGUGGCCCAGCAGACUGACAUCGUGGCCCAGCCCUGCCGCUGGAGGCUCUUCAAUUGCCUGGUGGGAGCUGUGUACAUCUUCUGCUACGUUAACGUCCGGCCCGGUCCCUCCAGGCACAGAGUGGCCGUGUUUUAUGCAAUAAUGCUGAUGGAAAACACCCUCCUCCUGCUGCUGGCCACCCGGUUCCUGCAGGCAGAGCUGAGGAACAGCCUGUGCGUGACCGGGGCCGUCAUGUCAGGGUCUGUAAUAGGUGCCGCAGCUCUGGUGGUUUAUUACAGCCUGCUCCAUCCCAAGUCCACAGAGAUCUGGCAGGGCUUUCUGGAGACAACCUGCAGUGCUGCAGCUGCUGAUGAUGACGAGUUUGCUGGAGAUGGCUCCCAAGCAGGGCAGAGUUUGGGAAUUUCAGGAGAUGGAGAGUCCUUGGCAGGCAAAGGGACCGUGGCAGAUCCUAAGAAUGGGAAUGGCUCAUCGCUCCUACAAUUCAGAGGGUGUUUGGAGGACAGCUGGACAAACCAUCACCACUGGCUGCUGGUAAAGCUGGCCUUGAAGACAGGAGAUAUGUCCACAAUCAACGCAGCUUUUGGAGAUGGUGGUGUGGGAGAGGUUUACCCUGGAGGGUGGAUGAUGGGGAAACCCCCCAGUGUUGAGCCUGGGGCAAACCUUUCCCUCCCCACAAGGGAAAUCGGUCCUCGGGGUGUUGAAUCUGGUCUGACUGAUGAGAAAUUGGAGGCGGUGGGGAACAGAGGAGGCAGCAAACCCAGCACCGGCGCUGUGAGAAAGGAAUGGGAGGAUGGAGCAGGGCAGGAGUCUGUUUUUCGCCCAGCUGUAUCCUUUCUCAGCAGCUUCUCCCCAGAUCCAGCCGAGGGCUCAUCUCUGUAUUUCACUGCAAGCGUGGGAGGCAUCACCUCUCCCAGCCCGGGGACAACCACAGCAACGUGCAUGGCCUCGGUGCAAAGGGAGAGCAAAGCCCAGCCUCCUCCAGGCAGCCUGGGAGGAGGAGGAGGAGGAGGAGGAGGGGAUUUAUCCCUAGAGAUGGUGAGCAUCAGCCCAAUCCUGGGCGCUUGCGCCCACAAGCAUCAGCGGAGCAGCUCUUCCCUCAGCAGCACAGGGAGCUGUGGGGUGUUGGGUGCCUCCAAAGAGGACUCGGAGCCCGUAGGGCUGGAGGGUGCCCUCGUGGGGUGGCAUCACCUUCGGGACACCCACUCUUGUGGCACACAAGGGGCUGUUGUGAGGAGCAAGCUGAGGCCACCGUGCUUCACCUCCACCCCCAAGGCUGACUCUGAAUGCCCACAGCGAGGACUGGGGCAUCCCGGAGAGGGGACAGACCUGUUGGUGGAGUGACCCUGAAAUCGCUGCACUGUCACUUUGGGUCAGCACUGGGGUGACUGCCUCGUCAAGAGGGCACAGCAAGAGGUGGUGGAAUGUUAAUGCUGGCUAUGAAGACCAUCCCCAAGGUGCACCUGCCACCAGAAAGAUGUGCUCCUCCAUCACUAGGACAACACCUUCCCUCCCAGCGCAUCUUCUAGUUGCAGUUUUGGAGAGCUUCAAAGGUCUUAAAAAGCCUUAAGUUCAGGUUUAGGUAUUUAUUAACCUUAUUUAUGUAACAGUUCUGCUAGGCAGCUGGAGCAUGCUGCCUUUGAUAUAUUUGUGACGAUGUAUUCAAGUGUGUCCUUUAACAAGUGCCUGUACGAGCUGCUGGUCUGUCCCAGCACAGAGAUCUGGCUGCAAAGCAGGAGUCUUCCCAGGAUAAACAAGUGCCUAAACCAGAAUAGUAAUGAUUUUUACUCUCAGAUGCUCUUCCUUCUGGGCAGAAUAAGCCCUAAAGUAAGGCUCAAGAGUGCUUGAUUUAUUUUUCCCCCACCAGGUUCAUCUUCAGAGCUUUACCAGCUCCAUUUGCUGGGGCCACAUAGGAUCGCAGAUCCUCUUCAUACUGCAGUCCUCAACCUCGGGACCCUGAACUGUAGACACAAGCCGUGUCCUGCUUUCUUGCCCACCGCCUCGCUUCCUCAAGUGGCCUUUUCUGCCCAGCCUCUUCCUUCACAGAAUCACAGAAUCAUCUUGGUUGGAAAAGACCUUGAAGAUCAUCCAGUCCAACCAUUAACCUCACACUGACUGUUCCCAACUCCAUCACAUUCCUAAGUGCUUGUCCUCUUCCAUCUAGCUGCAGAUAAUCCAGAUCUGACUGGAUGCUCCUUCCUAAAUUUAGCUUCAAGCCAAAUCUCAGAAUAAAUCUGCAUACUCCUGCCACCAUGAAGUCCUCGUUGCAGGCAGGGUUAUUGGUUAUCAGGAACUAAAAGGCUUAAUACUGUGGUCUCAGAAAUAGCCCAUGCUUCCAGCCAGGGUGUCUGGACACGGGUUUGUGCCCAGGACACGGCUUGCUGUGUUGGUUGAGGUCUGCUCAGCUGUGUUCACCAGUGAGCCCGUGGGUGCCAGCUGGUGUACAUCUGUCCUCCAUCUCCAGCUGUUGUCCUGCGGGCGUUGCCAUGGGGCAGGAAAGGCAGCAGGAAGGACAGGCAUGCGAUGAAUUAUUUUUAAAAAGCUUCCAUGUAGCAUUGAGUGCUCAGGAUUGACCCAGCAAGAUGAUUCUUCAAGCUGAUGUGGGCAGUGAAAACCCAGUUGGUGCCCGUUUCAGAGUGAAGCCACUUUCCGACGUGGUGAAAGCUCCGUGUCUCCAUCCGGAGCCGGCACCACCGUGCUGCAGCUCUGCUCUGCAGGGAGGAAGAAGUUUCAGCAUCUUUUGCAGAAUCCUCCCCGCUACGUGCAUCACGCAAAAGGCAGCAGAGCUGCCAUGGCGUUAGGGAAAUUGUUACCUGGUUUGU